AUGACGAGUGAUUUUGAAAUCUUUUGACCUAAACCAACCCAAUAUAUUGUAUUUUUCCUUUUUCAUUUUAUUGAUCAAAACUGCAAACAAGAUUAUCCUAUCAAGGUAAAAUGAUUCCCUCAAGUCUGUAGCGUCCACCUAAAAGCCAAAAUGGUUUUUAAUUCUAAUUUCUCAUGCUAAUGCCACAGUCAGCUUCCACCAGAACCACUACCAUUGGUCAGCCAUUGAGGCUCUUGGGUCUUUUCUUUGAAUGUGAACAUCCUUAAUUACUUUUCUCCCUUUCUUCUCGUCUAGUAUCUAGCCUGUUCUUGAUCAGAGUUUGUAAAUAAAAAAAAAAUGGCCUUCAUGAGCAAGAAAUCUGUUUUUCUUUUCUCAUUCUUUUAUUCUCUGUUCUCUCUGGUUCUGUUCUGCCAUGGAAUUGACAGAAUCACACAAGGCCAAUCAAUUAGAGAUGGUGAAACCUUAGUAUCAGUCGAUGAAAAUUUUGAACUGGGUUUCUUUAGCCCUGAAAGUUCUUCUUUGCGAUAUGUUGGUAUAAGGUAUCACAAGGCUCAGGGUCAGCCUGUCAUCUGGGUUGCUAAUAGAGAGAAACCAAUCUUUGAUACAGAAGGGGUCUUUACCUUCGGUAAAGAUGGAAAUUUGACUGUUAAAGAUGGAAACAAUAUUUCAGUUUGGUCGAGCAAUACUUCAGUUCCAUCUGGCGACGGAGUAGCAAUUCUUGAAAAAGGAGGUAAUCUCAAACUUUUAAGCAGUGACAAUAAAACGAUCUACUGGGAAAGCUUCAAACAUCCCACCGAUACUUUUUUGCCAAACAUGAGAAUUCUUGCUUCUUCAGGAGAGCAAAAGCCAUUCACUUCUUGGAAAUCUGCAAGUGAUCCGUCACUAGGAAACUUUUCCAUGGGAGUUGAUUCUAAUGGAGCGCUGCAGAUAGUGAUUUGGGAGCAUUCAAGGAGGCGGUGGAGAAGCGGGUACUGGGAUGAACGAAUAUUUCAAGGUGUGCCAAAUAUGACACUUGUCGCUAAUUACAGAUACGGAUUUAAGUAUAUUGAUAACGAUUUUACGUAUACUCUAUCAAAUAGUUCUGAUUUGAUAAGGUUUCAAAUACGUUGGGAUGGAAUAGAAGAGCAGUCGAGAUGGAAUGAAAGCGAAAACAAGUGGGUUCCAAUCCAACAACAGCCUGCUAAUAACUGUGAACUCUACAAUUAUUGUGGCAAUUUCGGGAUCUGUACUGCAUUACCUAAUCCAAAAUGCACAUGUAUGGAAGGAUUUGAUCCAAGGAAUCCAGGGCAAUGGACAAAGGGGAAUUGGUCAGGUGGGUGUGUGAGAAAAACAGAAUUGCAGUGCCAGAGAAACAUCAGUACAGCAGAACAAGAUGGUUUUAAAAAGUUCAGAUGCAAUAAAUUGCCAGAUUUUGCUUCUGUCUAUACUGGGGUCCUCUCGGAGGAUUGUGAGAAAAAGUGUUUAAGCAACUGUUCAUGUAACGCCUAUGCAGUAGUUGAAAAUAUUGGAUGCAUGAUAUGGAAUGGAGACUUGAUUGAUAUGCAGAAUUUUGGCAAACCUGGGAAUGCUAUGAAUCUACGUCUUGCUGCUUCUGAAUUUGAUGGCAAGAGAUUAUCUGCAGCUGUGAUAGCACUAAUUGUUGUGGCUGGAGUGGUCUUCCUAGCUAUAUCUGUAUGGUUACUCUGGUGCCUAAAAAGAAAACUCAAAGUUUCAGUUUUGCCGACACCUACCUCCGUUUCAUUGAUGAGAAAGAAUGAGAUAACAGUUUCCGAUGUGAGCAAGAGUAAAGAAUAUUCAUCAGAGAUGUCUGGACCAGCUGACCUAGUCAUUGAAGGGAGCCAAGUAAAUGGUCCUGAUUUGCCAUUGUUCAAUUUUAAUUCUGUAGCAGCAGCUACAAACAAUUUUUCUGAAGAAAACAAGCUUGGCCAGGGGGGAUUUGGUCAUGUCUACAAGGGAAAGCUUCCUGGAGGAGAAGAAAUAGCUGUAAAAAGGCUUUCAAGAAUCUCUGGCCAAGGUUUAGAGGAGUUCAAGAAUGAAAUCAUACUGAUUGCUAAAUUACAACACAGAAAUCUUGUUAGAUUACUAGGCUGCUGUAUUCAGGGAGAAGAGAAGAUGCUGCUUUAUGAAUACAUGCCAAAUAAAAGCUUGGAUUUCUUUCUUUUUGACCCUGCAAAGCAGGCAUUAUUAGACUGGACAAAGAGGUUCAAUAUUAUUGAGGGGAUUGCUAGAGGUCUUCUUUAUCUUCAUCGAGAUUCAAGACUCAGAAUCAUUCAUCGAGACCUAAAGGCUAGCAACAUUUUGUUGGAUGAGGAACUAAAUCCAAAGAUUUCAGACUUUGGCAUGGCUAGAAUAUUUGGGGGAAACCAAAAUGAAUUGAACACAAACCGAGUUGUUGGCACAUAUGGCUAUAUGUCACCUGAAUAUGCAAUGGAAGGCUUAUUUUCAGUGAAGUCUGAUGUCUAUAGCUUUGGAGUGUUACUAUUAGAGAUUGUAAGUGGCCGGAGGAACACCAGCUUUCGUUUAACCGAUCAUGUCAGCCUCAUCGCUUAUGCAUGGGAACUUUGGCAUGAAGAUAAAGCAAUGGAGCUUGUUGAUCCAUUGAUUCGAGAUUCGUGUUGCAAGAAUGAAGUAUUAAAAUGCAUACAAGUAGGGAUGUUGUGUGUGCAAGAUUCUGCGGUUCAUAGACCAACCAUGUCAUCUGUGAUUUUAAUGCUAGAAAGCAGUAGUCCAACCCUGCCAUUGCCUAGGCAACCCACUUACACUUCAAUGAGAGCCUCCAUAGAUACAUCUGAAAUCUAUCCUGAAGGUCAGGAAAUUGUAUCCUCAAAUGAUGUGACAGUUACAAUGAUUGUUGGGAGAUGAUUACCAUUCGAGUAUCUCCCUUUCCCACUCUCUUGCAUCAUUUUAUUAUGCAAGUAAAUUCAACAUCUGUUUAGAAUUUUGUCAAUCAAUUUUGUUUUUUUGGGGCAUUCCUGCAUUGUUUUUUCUUUUGCUCAUUACCAUGUUCAUACUGGAACUUGUUUCCAUUAACUUUUUCUAUGUGGGUUAGCAAGAAAUUCCAGCACUAGCAAUGACUUGGGGUUGAGUUCAAACUUUCUCACUUCAGGCUUGGACAAUGAGGAUUGCAUUUCUGGAAGCAGAAUCUUCAAAACAAAGAAAAGCAUUUAUUUAUGAGAUGUUGAUCAACUCAGGACAAAAUGUACCCAUCUGUAAUAUAUAUCCCUAAAUUGCAUAUAUCUUUGUCUA